AUGGAAGAGGAGUACAAAGAUGGAAGUCAUCCAUCUCUUCCAUCUUCAAAGAUGGAAGAGAAGAGUAGAGAGCAUCAAGGAGUGCAGCUCCUCCCAGCCACAUCAUCGCCGCAGCCUCCAGACGCCUUGAAGCUGUAUCUCCGCUUCUUCCUGUCUUCCCUCAACCUGCCGAAGGUGCCACCUGGCAGGAGCCGUAGAGGAGGAAGCAGAGGAGGACCCAGGAAGCAGAGGAAGACCCAGGAAGCAGAGGAGGACCCAGGAAGCAGAGGAGGACCCAGGAAGCAGAGGAGAACCCAGGAAGCAGAGGAGGACCCAGGAAGCAGAGAAGGACCCAGGAAGCAGAGAAGGACCCAGGAAGCAGAGGAGAACCCAGGAAGCAGAGAAGGACCCAGGAAGCAGAGGAGAACCCAGGAAGCAGAGAAGGACCUAGGCAGCAGAGGAGAACCCAGGAAGCAGAGAAGGACCCAGGAAACAGAGGAGGACCCAGGAAGCAGAGAAGGACUCAGGAAGCAGAGGAGAACCCAGGAAGCAGAGAAGGACCCAGGAAGCAGAGAAGGACCCAGGAAGCAGAGGAGAACCCAAGAAGCAGAGAAGGACCCAGGAAGCAGAGGUGGACCCAGGAAGCAGAGGAGGACCCAGGAAGCAGAGCAGGACCCAGGAAGCAGAGGAGGACCCAGGAAGCAGAGAAGGACCCAGGAAGCAGAGGAGAACCCAGGAAGCAGAGGAGAACCCAAGAAGCAGAGUAGGACCCAGGAAGCAGAGGAGGACCCAGGAAGCAGAGGAGAACCCAGGAAGCAGAGGAGGACCCAGGAAGCAGAGGAGGACCCAGGAAGCAGAGGAGAACCCAGGAAGCAGAGGAGGACCCAGGAAGCAGAGGAGGACCCAGGAAGCAGAGGAGAACCCAGGAAGCAGAGGAGGACCCAGGAAGCAGAGGAGGACCCAGGAAGCAGAGGAGGACCCAGGAAGCAGAGGAGGACCCAGGAAGCAGAGGAGAACCCAGGAAGCAGAGAAGGACCCAGGAAGCAGAGGAGGACCCAGGAAGCAGAGCGCAGACGACUGCUGGACCUACAAGAACCUGUCCCAGCAGAGUUUGGGACCACUGUGUUUGGAACCACUGUGUUUGGGACCACUGUGUUUGGGUCUGUGUUUGGGACCACUGUGUUUGGGUCCACUGUGUUUGGGACCACUGUGUUUGGGUCCACUGUGUUUGGGACCACUGUGUUUGGGUCUGAGGGAGUGACCAGCUACGCCAAGCUAGGCUUGGGAUGUGAGAAUACUGUCUUCAGUUUGGAUAAUGAUCACGGAUUGAGCGAUGGCUCAUCCCCUACUCAUUGA